GUGGUUGUCAACGAUGCUUCAAUUAAAUGAAUAUGAAUCCUGAGGAAUAAGUGUACUACGUAACUAUUUUCAUUUCUUUCUUCAGCACGAUUUUCUUCAGAUGAAGUUAAUAUUAAUAGAAUUGUUGAUGGUACAGAUGCGGACGAUGGUGAAUUUCCAUAUGCUGUUUCGUUGAGAUAUAAUUCUAAACACACUUGUGGAGGUACAAUACUCAGCGAAAAAUACAUUUUGACAGCAGCGCACUGUGUUUGUAGAAAUGACGAGUAUGUAUACACUUAAUAUGAAUAUUUUCUGGAUUCGUCAUGUACCUUUUUUCCAUUGGUGAUUCGAUCCAUACCAUUAUUUUUAAGGCCAAGAGAUCCACAAAAUUAUACAAUACAGUAUGACAUGUUGAAAAUCACUGAGGACGACGUCAACACUGUUCAAGUUGCGGAAAUUAAUUGCCACGACUUUGAUGCAGAAAAGUUGGUAUACGAUUCUGCUGUUUUGGAAUUAGAGUCUCCAAUACCAGAAGGUAAAUGGAAGCCAGUAAAGAUUGCCAAAGAAUUUACACCAUCUGAAGGACAAAAAGGAACUAUUAUUGGUUGGGGCCGAAUAUUUCAUGGUGGUCCGAUUUCUAGAAUGCUGCAAAAGAUAGAAGUAGAAGUAUACGACGACGAAACAUGCGGGAAAAAAUUUAGUAAUGAACAUCACAUUUGUCUUGGAGCUCCCCCUUUGGGCGGCGCAUGUAAUGGAGACUCUGGCACAGCUCUUAUUGUAGAUGGCGUUCAAGUUGGAAUAGCAUCAUUCAUCACAAAUCUCUGUGGCACAUCAAAUAAACGCUAUCCAAAUGUAUAUUCCAGAGUUUCUAGCUAUUAUGAUUGGAUCCACAGUGUCGCUGAGAAUUUGCAGGCAACUUAUUAAAAACUUAUCCAAUAA